UGUUGACGUGACGACGCGCUACUGAACACAGAAUUCUCUGUUCUCUCCGCACUAAAAAGCCCAUUUUCCACCUCGAAAACAUCCCCAAAUCUCUCUGUGUAGUGCAAAAUAGUUCACUUUAGUGUUUCUCAGCAGUUCCCCAGCCUCAUCCCCACACAAAUGGCCCUCAACAGCCGACACCAGAAACUGGAGCAGCAACGUCAGCUGAUGGAGGCGUACAUCAAGCAGAAGCGUGCAUCGCCGGGAAUGAUUCAGGCCAGCGAUUUGCAGAUCACGCGGCCAAUGUCCGGCGCACGCGGAAGCCGCGACUUGGCGCCGCACGCCUACGAUGGGCCGCUGCACUUCAUGACACACUCCGCCAAUCCCGACGAGAUUGUGCCCUCGAGAACUACCCCAACGAGCACCGGCGAAGAUUUCAUCCAGGACAUGGCGGUGACGAGGGCGCAGGAGGACGAGGACGAGGAGAGCACCCCAAUUGAGCCCGUGGCAACGACGCCCACGAAGGGCAAACACGGCGAGCGGAACAGUGUGGGAAGCGUGAGGAACUCGGGCACGCCCGUGUCGCCGGCCUGCAUUACCAAGUCGCCGCAGACGCCGAGCAAUGAGCUGGAGGGUGACGUGGUGGGCCAGGUGGAGCAGUGGGUGAUGGCGCCGGCGAUCCAGGGCGUACUGUACAAGUGUCGUAUCACGCGCGAUCGCAAGGGCAUGGACAGGGGCCUCUUUCCCAUCUACUAUCUGCACCUGGAGAAGGACUAUGGCAAGAAGGUAUUUCUGCUGGCCGGACGCAAGAGGAAAAAGAGCAAGACUUCCAAUUAUGUGAUAAGUUGCGAUCCAACGGAUUUAUCACGUCAGGCCGACGGCUUCGUGGGCAAACUGCGGUCCAAUAUAUUUGGCACGACAUUCUUCGUGUACGACAAUGGGAAUAAGAUGAAUACAGAUGCGCCGCGGCAGGAUUUGGCUGUUGUUAUCUAUGACACAAAUAUUUUGGGUUUUAAAGGACCAAGAAAUAUGACAGUUCUUCUGCCGGGAAUGACAGAGGAGGAUCAGCGAGUGAAAAUAAGUUCCUGUGAUACACACCAGCAGGGCCUUCUAGAUAGUUGGAAGAAUAAGAAUACGGACAACAUUGUGGAGCUGCACAACAAGACGCCCGUGUGGAAUGACGAGACGCAAUCGUACGUGCUGAACUUUCACGGGCGCGUCACUCAGGCGUCCGUGAAGAAUUUCCAGCUUAUCCACGACUCGGAUCCCGACUAUAUUGUCAUGCAGUUCGGGCGGACGUCCGAGGACGUGUUCACGAUGGAUUUUCGAUAUCCUUUGUGCGCUCUGCAGGCCUUCGCCAUCGCACUGAGCAGUUUUGACGGCAAAUUGGCGUGUGAAUAAGACUUCAGCUGAAGUUGUGCACGACAUCUGCUCACGUGUAAUCUGGAUUUCUUUUUUGGACUUUUCAAGGAGUUUGAGCACUCACACACACACACAAGUUGAAUCCUCUGUGUGAGGAAAUGUGUAUCUUUUGCUUGCCAGUGUGCUGUUUGUUCAUAUUUUGGAGGUGUUUGCAAAAUCAAAAAAGGUUCCACUUUGCGUUGCCUUAAGAAGACGAUGAAGAACCCCAAAAAUACUCGAAUGUUUAAGUGAGGGUUUAUUAGAUUAACUGGUAAUUUCUAGUCAGAGAAAAGAGCUCAAUUGUACUUAUAGGAAUCAUGAGGAUGGAAAAGGAAUUGAAAAAGUUUUUAUCACUAGAAACAACUCAUGGAAUUUAGAUGUUCAUAUCAAGUUCGUCUAACGAAGAGGAUAAUUUAUUGAUUUAUAGAUAAGAGAAAAAAAAUGUAAUUAGAAGUAAUUGUCUUGUAUUUAAGCAGAAAAGCUAAAUAGUGUUUGAAAAAGAUAGCAAAGUUCGUUCUUCGAACAGCAAAAAGAAACUAUAAUAUAAAUUAGGCUGAAGAGUUUAGAUAGCGAUUGUGAAGUAUUUUUGCAAAGUAUCCAACGAUAACAGAGCCUGCAUUCCAUAACUGUAUUUGCCAUAGAAGCGCCCCAAUUGUCUCCGCACAUCGCGCGAGAAGCGAUUGAGAGCCAGUCUUGUUCGUGUAACAUUUAAAUAAAACAGUUGAAUACUGA